GGCGGGCGGAGGGUGCCGAGUCCUCUCCAGGUCCCCCCGGCGGCCGCGCGGAGCGGCCGCCGCGGCCAUUUAGGAGCGGAGCGGGAGCCAAUGGGAGGCCGCCGGGCGCUUCCAGCGUGACGGCCGAGAUUGACGUGUUUCCCACGUCAAAUUGAUCCCAAGUAGCGGCGGGGGCUCCCCGCGAGCGGGGAACCGGCGCGGCGCCGCCACGACAGCCCCGCGGCCGCCGCCCCCCGCAGCCCCGCCGCCGGCUCCCGCUCCGGCUCCCUCUAUGCCGCGCCGGCGGCGGCUGCGGCGCUGCCCCGCUGCCGGGCGAUGGAGCACACGUACGGGGAGGUGAACCAGCUGGGUGGUGUCUUCGUGAACGGGCGUCCGCUGCCCAACGCCAUCCGCCUGCGGAUCGUGGAGCUGGCCCAGCUCGGCAUUCGCCCGUGCGACAUCAGCCGCCAGCUGCGGGUCUCGCACGGCUGCGUCAGCAAGAUCCUGGCCCGCUACAACGAGACCGGCUCCAUCCUGCCCGGAGCCAUCGGAGGCAGCAAGCCGCGGGUCACCACCCCCAACGUGGUCAAGCACAUCCGCGACUACAAGCAGGGAGACCCCGGCAUCUUCGCCUGGGAGAUCCGCGACCGGCUGCUGGCCGACGGCGUCUGCGACAAGUACAACGUGCCGUCGGUCAGCUCCAUCAGCAGGAUCCUGCGGAACAAAAUCGGCAGCCUCUCGCAGCCCGGCGGCCCUUACGACGGCGGCAAGCAGCCCCCCCCGCAGCCCGCCCUGCCCUACAACCCCCUUUACCAGUACCCGUACCCCGGCCCCAUGGCCCCGCCGGCAGCCAAGAUGAGCGCUCAUCCCGGGCCCGUCCCCGCGGCCCACGUCGGGCUGCCCCGCUCCUGGCCCUCGGCUCACUCUGUCACCAACAUCCUGGGCAUCCGCACCUUCGUGGAGCAGACGGGGGCUUUGGGUGGCACCGAGGGCUCUGCUUACCCCCCCAAAAUGGAAGACUGGCCCGGCGUGAACAGGACUGCCUUCCCUUCCGCCCAGGCCGACAAAGCCGCCGUGGAAGGGGACAUCAAAUACCCGCAGCCCGCCCCGGGACUCUCCUCCGUGGGCAGCUUCCUCCCGGCCUGCGCCUAUCCCCCCGGCAACCAGCACGGCGUCUACGGCGCGCCCGGCGGCUACAUCCCCCCGGGGCACCCCUGGCAGCCGCAGGGCCACCACGGCCCCGGUGUGACGGUGCACGGAGGCGACCUGGCCGGCGCCAUGGCCUUCAAGCAGCCCGGCAGGGAAGUCACGGACAGAAAACCCGGCAGCCCCGUGGGGAAGUCCCCGGAUCCUCUCAGCCCCAUCCACGGACUCUCGAUCCCAGCCUCCUCCUCCUAGAGCCGCGCACCGGGCACACUCGCUUGGAACACACACCUUCAAACCGUGACUGGAUCCCGAAGUGCCACCCAACUGUCACCCGAGUGCCACUGCCUCCGAGGGACGAGGAGACCGGCGAGCGGCGACGUCCUCCCACGGCCGUCCCUGCACCGGGGGACGCGGUGGGGACACUCAUGGGGACACGUUACCUCCAUCGGAUCGCGGAGGGGUUACGGAAGAGACUCAGCCUUCCCCCUUUAUUGCGUCUUUCUGCUUUUUUUUUACCCCCUCGCUUUCAGUUUUCCUCUCUCCGCACCGUCCCCCGUGGACCGCCGGCCGCAUACCAGCCUCUGUCCCAGCCCCAGAAUGGAACCAGCAGCCGGAGUGUAAAUGGACAAAUAAGCCACAACUUUUUUUGUGAUAUAUUUUUAUAAUAACAAACCUUAAUAAAUAAAUAAUAAUGAUAAUAAUAAUAAUAAAAAAAAGUGACC